AGCCUGUCUCUUAACAUUCAAUAAGGCUUCAAAAGUUGAAGUGUUUGCUAUUCAUGGCUUCAUUCACUAAAUAUUCAAGUCAAGAGCUAAGAGUUGUAGUAAUUGCUAGUGGACUCUUGAUCAUUGCCUUUUUAUAUCAUGUUCCAAUUACAGGUGGUGUUGAGGUUCCAAAUUGGGGAAAGGGAGCAAGUGGAGUGAAGGUAGGAUCAAGGCCACCAAGGUGUAGUGUUGAUAAAUGCUUGAACUGCAGCCCUUGCAUGGCUACCCUAAUUGCACCAAUUCACCAAGGAAAGCACAAAGCUUCUGCUGCUUCUUCUCAACAUGAUACUUAUUAUCUUCUUGCAUGGAAAUGCAAAUGUGACCAAGAACAAGCGGAGCGAAUACGGAAAGGGAAGAAUCAAGUUUCUUAGGGGAUUCAAGCUUUGUUCGAGGUAGGUGAUGGUUGUGAUUUCAUGAUCGUGUAAUGUAUGUUUCUUCUUGCUUCAUUAUGAUGCAUGUAUGUAUGUGAAUGUUGCGUUAUUGAUUACACUAAUGUAAAUGAGUAUGAAUGAAUAACUAUAUGUCAUCAAUAACUUCUUGAUUCUAUGA